ACAUUGAACCUGGACAUGACAUUUAUGGCCUAUAAAGAGGCCCCCUUCAAUGCCAUUAAGGGGCAGAGAACACACGCUAACUACAACAUGGCUCCCAGCAUCGCAGUGCCAGUAGCUCAACCACGGCGGCCAGCCAAGGCGGCGAACCAGGAACAGGAGGAGGAGAAGGUGUUGAGGAGGAGAAACGAAGAGCUGGAGGAGGAAUUGAAGAAGAGCCAGGACAGGGAGGAGAGGAUGAGGAGGGAGCUGGAGAGAGCACGGGAGCGGCUGAGAGUGGCGGAGGAGGCGGAGGAGAGGCUGUGCUCGCAGCUCGGGGAACUGGAGGCGGAGGCCGUGGAUCAAGCGCGUCAGUACAAUAACCGGAUAGUGUCUUUGAUGAAUCAGCUCUCUCAGGCUCACAGGCUUAUCCAGCCUGGCCCUACUCCCGUUCCCACUUAGGUUUUUGCCUUUGAAGCUCGAUCCUAAAUCUGUACUAUAUCUCAAGGUUGGGGAUUGAGGCGUGUUUGGUUCCUUUAUUUUUCAAUACUUUCUUUUCUUUGUAAUUAAGUUAUGGUUUUCUAACCAGAAUGUUGAUUUAAACCCUUUUCUGGGCAUAUGUCUGAUACAAUUUCUUCUAGUGAAAGAUUGUAAUUUUGUGGGUCUGAAUUUUGAAAUACAUUUCAUGAUAAUUUAAUUUUC